ACUGCUUCCUCUCUGAAAAUGACAGGCGAAUGUAAUAACGAAUGACAUUUUGGAAUAGUACAGGCAAUGGAUAGAACGAAAACAGUGAGACAGCACGUUACUUGAUAAUCUACUUAAAAUUAUUCCUAAAUUGCUCAAAUGAUAUCUUUCUACUUAAAAAUAGCAACUAUUACUAGAUAGGUAAGAAAGUGAAUUAAGUGAGAAAGUUUGAAUUUAUCCCUAAAAGUUAAAUAUGUGAAUUUGAUGAUUUUACAGAACCUAAGCUAAAAUGUUGGAUGCACCUGAAAUAUCGUGCCAACUAUGAAUACUUCAUUUCUAGCACCACUAUCGUAUGUUAUGAGUGUUUAGGCAGAUUUUUGGCAUUUGUACGGUGAAAAUACUGAUAGUGUAAGUCCUUGUUGUUUAUAAACCUAACCUCUAAUCUAAUACAAUAAAAUUUACAGUUUAAAGCUGUCCUCAACCGAAGCCCGAUGUUGAAGCUGCUAAAAACCCAGUGUCCGAACCACCAAUUUGCCUGCCGCCGUAACAAACUUUAAAACUAUCAGCAAUGCCGUUGGACACUCCACAACCAUCACUGGAGAAAGCGCGAUCGGGAGACAGCGUAAUCCAUUCGCGCCCCGAAUCAGAUCGUUUCCCGAGGUUGACCAGCCAAAGCUAUUUUGGAAUGGAAGUGCUAUCCACACGCAGCAGUAAAACUGCUCGACUUGCUCUAAGAUUGCAGCAGCUGGAAGAAGAGCGCGCAAUCGAGCUGCGCAAGAUUGAAGUGGAGAGACGUGCAUUGGCAUUAGAGCGUGAGGCCAUGCAUGCAAAGUAUAGACUGCUACAGAGGCAGGCUUCGAACAAAGCUGUUCGUUGCAAUAAAGUCGGCGCAAACGACAACAAACCGUCAACCGAUGGUACUAUGCAGAAUGCUCAUGAACGAGCAGCCGUAUUAUCGAAGAAAAGAACGAUAUCGGCAAUACAAUCGGAUAACCAGUCGAACCAAUCGAUGCAGCCGUCAUGUACUGAAUCAGCUGAUCGGUCGCAAUUGCCCUCAGGGAUUCAGCAGCAGAAUAUCGGCGCGUUUCCCGGAGCUAUUCUGGAAGAGCAGAGCGAGAUCAUCGAAUGCAAUGAUGAGAGGAUGGAAGAAGAGAAAAUACUCGCUCCUUGUCAUAUUAGCGAGAGAAGUGUGACGUUUCGGGAAUCACUAGAUGCGAAUGCUGAGCUGUACCAUACACAGACCUAUAGCUCUCUACAUCUGUAUAGCUCCACCGAUCAGGGACUACCGAUCAACGCAUCCCGACGUAAUAUGCAGCACAGUAUCGCAAAAUCUUCGGGUGACCCGCGGCCGCGCUACAACAAUGCUAAAAAUCGAGCCGAGGUGGAUCCACAGUUGCUAGAACGUGAGAAGACUGAACAGCAUGCGCGAGUGAAAUGGUCCGGCUUUCAGUUGGAUCCUGAUACUGGACAGAGGAUGAGGGAAACGCUCGAGUCUUCAAAAGGUGUGACAUCGAAUGAUAAACAACAACUCCUCGCUGGCGUUUCAGGGGCGAUCGCUGCCCCUCCUUUGGAAAAACAUCGUCAUGCGAAUGAAACAAAUUCAGAACAACCACACUAUUCCACCUGUUCUAUGAAUUCGAAGGAUCAACUUAUAUCGCUAUCAGCCACAUCCGUUACACCAACAUUUGCCUGCAAUACCAAUUUCCUCCUCGAUCGAUGUUCUGGUCUCAAUCAGUAUAUAUUCUUGCCAUUAGGUAAUAUCAAGGCCGAGGCAUCGCAUCAACUCACGCAAACCAAAAUGGCAACACUGAAACACUACAGAGGUCAAUACAAAUCAUCACCGACGCAAAGCGUGAUACAUCGUUCCUGUUUAUAUUAUCAUCGUGUUCGGAACCAGUCGCCAAUGUUCGUGUUGGAGUGCAUACAGCAAAGCUCGAGUAGGUUCGUAAUUACGAAACCGCGAACGAAGCUAUGUGAUGAUAGAAGAAUAGAUGAGAAGCGUCUCAACGACAGAAAGAUGCAGCACAACUUCGUAAAUGAGAGAAGCACCAUGGGCAAUCCGAAGCUGAGCAAAACCGAAUAUCAUCCAGUGGUGAAUAUCCAGGGGUUAGUGCGAGAGCGAAAAAAGGCAAAAGGCUGUAUAGACUGUAUCGACGUUCAGAUCGAUCCAGAUACUGGUCAGAAAAUGAACGGACCGCUUGAAGCUCCAACGGAUUUCAGCUCAAACGAUAAGGAUCAACUUUUCACUGGAGUUCCACAGGCGAUCUCUAACUCUCCCUUGAACAGUCAUCGACAGGAAAUUGAGACAGAACCACAAUUCCCACCGAAAUCAACUUAUCAUUCAACAGAUUUCACCGGUUCCCGUUUCUCCAUCGAUCAAGGAUACCGUCUCAAUCGAUGCUUCCGUUCGAACGUAUUUGAAACCACUCAAAGUAGUGUAUUGGAUCAACUAGCGCUCGCGGAGACGGCAGGGUCGUCGUUUCGUCGCAGAGACGAACGCGAAACGUUCCCGUUACGAAGGUGUAUGUAUCGUUCCAGUUCAUGGUAUCGUCAUUGUAAAUACCACAAUCGCCGAUAUUCGUGUUGGAAGGCAUGCAGCAAAACUCGGAUAAAUUCGCAACUUCCGUACCGCGAACGCAGCGUCGACAGCAGUGAGAAUGAUAUUAAGGAAGAUGUGGCGUCACAAUUUAUGACGAUUUUUGUUUUGGUCGUUGCUGCGCGUCGAUCUCGAUUGAUAUUUGAGGUACUAUUCCCAGUGGAUUUUAGUGGUGUUUGUCCACGGUUGGAUAUGGUAGAACAUCCAGUUAGCUACGUUUCAUGUAUAUGUGCUUCGCCUGUGAAGCUUGUGACGACGGUUAAAGUUAAGGUUCGAUUCAAGCUGUUUUCUCACGAUCCAUAUCGAUAAAGGUAGCAUUAAACGUGUAUGAUGAUGUCAUCCAACUAGAGACGGCAAUGAUACAGGUUGAUAUUCAAGGCUGGAACCAUGAUGGCAACAUAGUUCUAAAGGGUAAAGGAUGUCUUCACUGCCGCGAUUACUGGUUUAACGAUUACUAUGGAAUAGAACAAAAUUAUGCAGGCCAAGAUCAUAGCAAAUAUAUGAAUGGAUUAUGGAAUCGACAAUAAUCAAGAUGAUAGGCUACGAGUAUCUAGUAAAACUAACAUUAGGUCGAAAGUAGAAAAGAUUAUGGAUCGUGUAACAAUAGAAAGGAACCAAUCAGGCUGGUUCAUAGAUAAUAAUCAUAAUCAACCUCCAAAUAAUUUGACAACUGUGAGUGUUUAAUAGCGGUAACGAUUGAGUUUAAAGACAUGCUUGGUAAAACUGGAACCACCCAUGUUGGAACUGGUGGCCAGUGUUACGGGGGGGAGUAUGUUGCCGCUGGCAACACUGCUUCCUCUCUGAAAAUGACAGGCGAAUGUAAUAACGAAUGACAUUUAGGAAUAGUACAGGCAAUGGAUAGAACGAAAACAGUGAGACAGCACGUUACUUGAUAAUCUACUUAAAAUUAUUCCUAAAUUGCUCAAAUGAUAU